UCCCGGCCUUUGGCAAAUAAAUAGAGCGUUUGGUUAAAGUUUAACCACUGGGAAGUCGCUGGUAAAUAUUUUUAGGGAGGGGAAAAAAAUAUAUAUGAGGGUUUUUAACGGUCUUCUUUGAUUAAAAAAUGGCUACUUUGAAACGGUUUUAGAGGCAUGAAUGGCACGGAACUUGUUUUUUUAAAAAAUAUGUCAUAUAAAAAAAAUCACAUAUUCAAAUGUUAAUUGGAGAUAAUAUAUUCACAACCAUCUGUGACAUAUUGUAUAGAAAAAAAAACAUCUAGCUCCACUUUCUACCUCUUUCAUGGUAACAUUUCACAUCAUACAGUGUUGUCUUUUUUUCCUUAAGGACCCCAACUUUAUUAAUUAUUGAGUUCUGCGGUGACGAAAGCUACAUUUUCACACCGAGUGGAACUUGCUUUUUUUUCUGCUUUUUUUUUUUUUCUCUCGCUCUGUAGCGGCACCGCCAAUCGGCAGCAGCACCUGCAGGUGGACACACGGUCGCCAAAGUUGUUCUGUGAUUUAUUCCUCGGCUCAACUUUUAACAAAAAAAAAAAGAAAAAGGGAAAGAAAGAAAAAAGUCUGAGGCAGCGUGGACAGACGGAAAGCUCCCCGUGAUCAGUGUGCGCGCGCCUGGAGACUAGCCACAUGCUCAGAAAUCGGCCGUAUUAACAAUUAAUAUUGGACAUCCGGUGGCACUGCCAGCUGCGCCCCAUUUUUUUUUUUUUUUUUUUUUUUUUUUUUUAUUGUUGUCUGUGCGCUGAAAGGAUCCCUGUUGUCUCGGCUGGAUACUCCGCGAAAGCGUGGCGGCUGCUCCUGGCUGAGACUCCGAGAUCUGCAGGGCUGCGACAUGUGAAAAGAGCUCGACCCCUUCCCUUCACCCUGUCAAAAGCUCAGCAGAACUCACUUAAACCGACGUUGUGACCGCGACCUGACACCCUCCUGCCUCGGGCAUGCCUCAGCCGGGUAUGAAUGGGAUGGAGCCUGCAUUUGGCGAGGCCUACGGGGGACACAGGGGUCUGCUGAGCCCCUACCCUCUGGCCAUGUCGCCACAGGGGGGCAGGACCGAGUACGACCAGAGUGUGCUCCUAAUGCUGGGCUCCCCGGCAUCGCCAAGGAAACGGCCCUUUGAGUUGCUAAGCGACCUGGUGGACGAUGGCGGCUUUGGCGAGGACCUGCACCCGGAGCGCUGGGACGUGUCGGCGCUGGACGAGAUGGCUCGCUACACCAAGCUGGGCCUCGGGGUCGGGGGGGAGCUGCUGGCCUGCUCCGAGGAGGCCGUCCUGAUGGGCAGAUGGGGGAGGAGCCUGGAGGAAGAAGAGGAGCAGCAGCAGCAGCAGCAGGAGGAGGAGGACGACGACGAAGAGGAGGAGAGGAGGAGUAGGAGGGGGGACAGGCACGCAGCCCCUCCUCCUCCUCUCCAGCAGGAAGUCCGGGGCGCAGCUGAACGGAAGGACGACGGGCGUCUCUCCGUUGCCACGACAACGCAGGGCGAGUUAGCUGUUGCCGGAAGAGCGGCAGGAGGAGGACGGGAUGGGACGUUGUCAAGGGAGCGCACGGUGGAGGUGUAUCAGGUGGCACAGGAGGAAGAGGAGGAGGACGAGGAGGAGGAGGAGGAGGAGGUCGCGGCGGUGGUGGUGGCGGGUCUGGCUCUGGAGCACUGCAGCGAGGAGCACAACUACUCUCUGAGCCAGGGAGGGGAGCCGGGGCCGGGGCCCGGCCACAGCUCCCGGACAGAGGAGGCGCAGGCGGGUGAGGCGCAGCAGGAAGGGAGCGACAGGGUGGACAGCCAGGCCAAGACGGAGCUGGAGGAGGAGGAGGAAGAGGAGGAGGAGGAAGAAGAAGAGGAGGAGGAGGACGAGGAGGAGGAGGAGGAAGAAGACGGAGAGGAGGGAGCGGAGGAGACGGCCGUGGAAGCCGAACUCUCCAGCUCCUCAGAAACUGAAUGUGAGGUGGAGGCGGAGCCGGCCAGGCAGCCCGGCGAGCGCCCGUCGAAGCGCCGCUGUUUCUGGGAGUACAGACGCGCCCGGGAGUCGGCCACGAAGAAGAAGCUGGGCGGCGACGUCCACUGGUCUCUGUCCUGGAGCUCCAGCACUCUACCGAGCACACUGUACCGCAGAGAGGGAAAAAAAGGGCGCCGCAAAGCACGUAAAACGGACGCCAGCGACCUGACCCCCAACCCCCAGAAGCUCCACAACAUCGGGGAGCAGCUGCAGAAGCUGAACGCUGCCAUCGACGGCAUGGGCCCGGUCAACGACCUGCCGGCUGUGGCCCGGGCCCGGUCCCGCAAGGAGAAGAACAAGCUGGCCUCCAGGGCCUGCCGGCUGAAGAAGAAAGCCCAGCACGAAGCCAACAAGAUCAAGCUGUGGGGGCUCAACCAGGAGUACGAAAACCUGCUGGGGGCUCUGCUGCGGAUCAAGGAGGUGAUCAGACGGCGGGUGGAGAGCAGCGAGGAAGAGGAUACGGAUGAACGAGGGAUGACCCAACGCCUGGAAGACAUCCUCAGAGAGUCCAGCGGUCCCUUGGUCGCUGGGCGGACCAAAGACUUUGUGCAGAGGAUUUUGGCGGCCAGCGCCGGGGGCCAGAACCAGCGUAAGGAGGCCCCCCAGGGAGGAGAGGAGGCGACGGGGUAAAAAAGCACCGCCCUCCUCCCCUCCUCCGCCCCUCCUCAUUCAGCACCGUCGACCCGCUCCCGACCGAGCUCCUCUUCUUCCACUCUCGCGGGCGUGCACGUUCGAGUAAGAGCAAAGCGACGGAGGACGAGGAGGAGGAGGAGGAGGAGGAGGACGAGGGGGGAGCAGCCUAAACAAAAUGGCCCUCCAACCAGCAGCCGUCUUCACUGCUCUGUCUCUGCAGGCUGCACCACCACCACCACCACCACCACCACCACCACAACCACCACAAGGCCAGAGCUGCUGCUGCUGCUGACGUCUCUUGUAUCCUGUGUUCUGUCUAUAUGUGUGUGUGUGUGUGUGUGUGUGUGCGAGUGUGUGAGUGU